UCCCCUCCGCGGGGUCCGCCGGCCGCGCCGUGCCCGCGGUCGCCAUGGGAGCGUGCCGGUUGCCAAGCCGGCCGCUGGAGUGCUUGCCACCGCCAUCGAGCGGUUGGCGUGACAACGGGGACACGGGUGACCCGGGGCGUGGUGCUCCGCGGGGAGGGUCCGGGCCGAGCCGGGCCAGCGCACCGGGGGUCUGCAGAGCUGGGACCCCCGCCCCGGGAUUGAUUUAUUAAGGGAGCGAGCGGGAGAGGUGACCGGAGCCCCGGCGGAGCGGAGGAUGUGCGGGCACAGCGCUGAUCGCCCUGGGGCCUCGGGCCCCGCUCCCGGCCCCUCCGCUUGAGGCCACCGGGACCCCCUCGGCGGGCGCCGCGCUGGCCCGGCCGAUGAGAUAGCGCGGCGAAGGUGGAGCAUCAGCGAGGCUCGGAGCAGCCCAGCGCCGCCGGACAGCCGCCAGCGCAGGGCAGGGGCUCCCCCAGGCCAGGCACCACGGUGGGCACACAGCGGCUGAGGGGGGCACGGCUCGGCCCGCAGCCCACCCCGCCCCGCACCUGCCCCCAUGCUGGAUCACCGAGCCAGGAUGGAGAGCAGCAGGAAGGAGAAGGUGGAGCAGAUCCUGUCGGAGUUCCGUCUGAAGGAGGAGGACCUGAAGAAGGUGAUGUACCGGAUGCAGAAGGAGAUGGACAGAGGGCUCAAGUUGGAGACACAUGAGGAAGCCUCUGUCAAAAUGCUGCCCACCUACGUGCGCUCCACCCCCGAGGGCUCCGAGGUGGGAGAUUUCCUGUCCCUGGACCUGGGCGGCACCAAUUUCCGUGUGAUGCUGGUGAAGGUGGGCGAGGGGGAGGAGGGGCAGUGGAAGGUGAAGACGAAGCACCAGAUGUAUUCCAUCCCGGAGGAUGCCAUGACUGGGACGGCUGAGAUGCUCUUUGACUACAUCUCCGAGUGCAUCUCUGAUUUCCUGGACAAGCACCAGAUGAAGCACAAAAAGCUGCCCCUGGGCUUCACCUUCUCCUUCCCUGUGCGGCACGAGGACAUCGACAAGGGCAUCCUCCUGAACUGGACCAAGGGCUUCAAAGCCUCUGGCGCGGAAGGGAACAACGUGGUGGGGCUGCUGAGGGACGCCAUCAAACGGAGAGGGGACUUCGAGAUGGACGUGGUGGCAAUGGUGAAUGACACGGUGGCCACAAUGAUCUCCUGCUACUACGAAGAUCACCAGUGCGAGGUUGGGAUGAUUGUGGGGACGGGCUGUAACGCCUGCUACAUGGAGGAGAUGCACAACGUGGAGCUGGUGGAGGGCGACGAGGGCCGGAUGUGCGUGAACACGGAGUGGGGCGCCUUUGGUGCCUCUGGGGAGCUGGACGAGUUCCUCCUGGAGUACGACCGCGUGGUGGACGAGACCUCACUUAACCCCGGUCAGCAACUGUACGAGAAGAUAAUUGGGGGGAAGUACAUGGGGGAGAUCGUGCGGCUGGUGCUGCUGAAGCUGGUGGAUGAGAACCUGCUCUUCAAUGGCGAGGCCUCUGAGAAGCUCAAGACUCGUGGCACCUUUGAGACCCGCUUCAUGUCCCAGAUCGAGAGCGAUUCUGAUGACCGCAAGCAGAUCUACAACAUCUUGUCGGCCUUUGAGCUGCUGCCGUCGCGGACGGACUGCGAGAUCGUGCGCCGGGUGUGCGAGAGCGUGUCCACGCGGGCUGCCCAGAUGUGCUCGGCCGGGCUGGCCGGUGUCAUCAACCGCAUGCGGGAGAGCCGCAGCCAGGACACCCUCAAGAUCACGGUCGGCGUCGAUGGUUCCGUCUACAAGCUCCAUCCCAGCUUCAAGGACCACUUCCACGCCACGGUGCGGCAGCUGACGCCUGGCUGUGACAUCACCUUCAUCCAGUCGGAGGAAGGCAGCGGGCGCGGGGCCGCCCUCAUCUCAGCCGUGGCCUGCAAGAUGGCCUGCAUGAUGGGGCAGUGAGCUGGACUUGGAGGGGCAUGGCAGGGGCCGGUGGUCCUGCUUGGAGCGCUCUGGGAGCAGACACGGACGCGGCAAGGAGGCAGCUCCGGCCCCCCAAUAAACGGGGUGUGUGUGGA